AUGACUUCUUUUGCCAAGAUCAAGUGCUACGCUGCGUCGUUUUUCGUGUUUUAUUUUUUGUAUCUUUACGUUUACAAGUGUCCAUCCACUCAUGAGAGCUUUUUGGAGCACACGCUUGGUAAAGUGAUCCACCCAUUUUCCCACUCUCACAACAAGUUAUGUGGCGCUGUCGACACCGCUAACGAGAAGGUCACGCCCUACGUCAACUCGGUUACCACCUUUGUUGGCGACAAGGUGCACUCCCACCCAUUUUACAAGCAAUAUCAAGUUGAGGCCAAGCUCAACUUGGUCAAGGCUCAAUACUUGCAACACGUUUACCCAUAUGUGAUCAAGUUGUUCCAAUUGUUUGAGAUUGUCGAAUACCAUAUUGCUGUGAAGGUGAAUGAGUUGUACGCUUUCUUUGAAAGCCACUUUCACAAGACGGUCGUGCCUCACGCUUCUAAGUUGAAGACCUCUGCUAUCGAGCACGCCGAGACUGUGAAGGAGCAGAUCAAGUCUAAAUUGGACUAG